GAGCCCUUUAUUGCAGAAUGGAUUCAAUCAUUUCUGUCGUUGGAUCCUGUGUUGACUGGGAUGUCAAAAGUCUGCUGCUCUUCACUGCAAUUUUCAUCCUCACUGCAGAUUAUAUUAGGAGCCGUCGGCCGCACAGCUUCCCUCCAGGACCUCGGGCAUUUCCUAUUGUGGGCAACAUAUUAACUGUGGAUUACAACAGGGCCCAUGAGAGUAUGACACAGUUAGCAGGGAAAUAUGGAGACGUAUACAGCCUGCGAAUGGGCCAAGAAUGGAUGGUGGUGUUAAACGGCUUUGAGGCUGUGAAAGAAGCUCUGGUAAAUCAGGGAGACAGCGUGGUGGACCGUCCAUACCUCCCUCUGCAGUGGGACGUGGGUCUAGGUAUAGUGUUCAGCAAUGGGAACACAUGGACACAGCAGAGGCGUUUUGCACUUUCAACCCUCAAAUAUUUUGGAUUAGGCAAGAAGUCACUUGAACCUGUCAUCUUGGAUGAAUUUACAUAUUGUGCAAAAGGCCUUAUCAGCUAUAAAGGUAAACCAUUUGAUCCCCAACACAUCAUCAACAACGCUGUCUCCAACAUCAUCUGCAACUUGGUUUUUGGUCAUCGCUUUGAGUACGGAGAUGAGAAGUUUGUGAAUCUGAUUAAGUGGUUUGGCAAAGCUCUCCAGCUUCAAGCCUCCAUCUGGGCACAGCUUUACAACUCAUUCCCUCUGCUGAUGAGAUGUUUGCCAGGGCCACAUCAGACAAUCCAGCACAUCUGGAACAAUGUGAAGGACUUCAUAAGAGUACAGAUUAAGGAGCACAGACAGAACUGGGAUCCCUCAGACCAAAGAGACUUCAUUGACUGCUACCUGAAAGAGAUUGAGAUGAAUAAGGGGCAGGCUGACAGCACUUUUGAUGAGACACUCCUGGUUAAUUGUCUCUUGGACCUGUUUGUGGCUGGCUCUGAGACCACAUCCACCACCCUGCGCUGGGCUUUCCUCUACAUGGCAAAGUACCCUGAGAUCCAGGCAAAGGUCCAGGCUGAGAUAGACAGAGUGAUUGGACAGUCCAGACAGCCGUCCAUGGAGGAUCGUGUAAACCUGCCCUACACUGAUGCUGUACUCCAUGAGAUCCAGAGGAUGGGCAACAUAGUUCCUCUCAGCGUGCCUCAUGCUACCAACAGGGACAUCCAGCUGGGAGGCUACACAAUCCCAAAGGGAGUUAUAAUAAUCCCCAAUCUGACCUCGGUGCUGUUUGACAAGAAUGAGUGGAAGACGCCCAACACCUUCAACCCAGGACACUUUCUGAACGAGGAGGGCAAAUUUGUGAAGCCAGCUGCUUUCGUCCCUUUCUCUGCUGGUAAGCGGGUGUGUCUCGGAGAGAACCUGGCCAGGAUGGAGCUUUUCCUCUUCUUCACCUCCUUCAUGCAGCACUUCACCUUCUCCAUGCCUGCUGGGGUGAAGCCUGUGAUGGACUAUUGCUUUGGCAUCACUCUGGCACCAUGUCCAUAUGAAAUUUGCGCAAUCUCACGCUAAGAGUAGCUCUGACAUGACAAAUACUUACUUUGACAGCGUCAAGUGAAUAUAUCAAACUGAUAUCUGCCUUCAGUUAUAGAUCACACUGUUUUUAAGGCAAGUUAAGCUUAGUCUGGCUCAACUGUUUAACUUUUUUUUUAAAAAUCAUUUCUUAUUUUUUCAAAGUUGACAUGAGCCAUGUUGUCUCUCCUUGUUGAUUUCUGUUUUCUGUGAUAUACUUCAAAAAUGCAAUUGAUGUUGCAAUUUGGAUUUCUACCACUCGUCUGAGGGCAUGUUGAGGUCAAUAUCUACAGAAUAUAACUUUUUAUUUUAUAUCAUCUAUAAGACUCAUAAAAGGUAUACUAUGCAGGGUACUAACAAACAAUGUAUAGUCUCAUACAUAUUCUGGGCAUCUGAGAAGUUAAAUUUCUCUUUGUUGGAACUGCUAACAACUCAUUGACAUCUGAAAUGGUGUCUCAACUAGACACUGCUUUUUGCAAGCAGCCAAAAGCCCAAAACAUUGGUAGCCAUUGAUUGAAUCUAAACCGCUUUAUAUUUCAUAGGCUUAUAUCUUAAUGUGUAAACCAACUACUAUUAGAAUAAACCAUUCAACAGUAUGUCGGAGAAGAUUCUCAGUCAUGAGGGGGGGGGCCGAGUCAAAGUCCAGGGCUGUUUUUUAGUCCCAGUCCGCCCGUCACCGCCUCUUAAAUGCUCGUAUGACUGCAGCAUCAACCUUCUCCCUGGUUCUCCUCCUCCAAAUGGUCAAUUCAUUGACCUGUCCACUCCAGAGACCAAGGCCAUGGAAAAUUACCCAAACAAGUUUAGCUUCAAUUAUGCUUUUGUGUAUGUAGAUGACAUUCUCAUUUUUUUCAAAGUCUAAGUACCAUUCAGCUCAAAUAAAUCCUGCUUCCAUUCUGCCACCA